AUGGUAUGCAAGUUGAACAAAUCCUUGUAUGGAUUAAAACAAGCUAGUAGACAAUGGUAUGCCAAGCUGACAGAAGCUCUUUGUUCCAGAGGUUAUACACACUCUAUGUUUGAUUACUCUUUGUUUUAUAAAGGCAAAGGGAAUUCAGUAACUUUUGUAGCUGUAUAUGUUGAUGAUGUUAUUAUCACAGGAGCUCACUUGGAAGAAAUUACCAACUUAAAGAAGUUCCUACAUGAAACUUUCAGAAUAAAAGAUCUAGGGAGACUCCAUUACUUCCUAGGAUUGGAUAUACAUUAUAAAGGUGAUGGAGUUGUGAUUACACAGAAGAAAUUUACUCAAGUCCUUAAGGAGUUUGACUGUAUAGGAUGUUCUGUUGUGACUUCACCUCUUGAUCCAACAGUGAAGGUAAAGGCGGGUGAAGGAAUACCACUUUCAGAUCCCGGUCACUGUAGGAAACUAGUUGGGAAAUUUAAUUUCCUUAUAGGAACUAGGCCUGAUAUAGCUUAUAGUGUUCAACACUUGAGCCAAUAUAUGCAAAAUCCUAGACACAGUCACCUAAAAGCAACAGUAUAUGUAUUGAGAUACUUGAAAGGGAGUUUAUCUCUGGGGAUCUUUUUGUCUAACAUUAGAGAUUAUAGAGUAAGGGCCUUUUAUGACUCUAAUUGGCCUGCUUGCCCUGAAACUAGGAAGUCUGAUAGUGGUUACAUAGUGUUGCUUGGUGACAACCCCAUCAGUUGGAAAUUCAAGAAGCAAUCUACUAUUUCAUUGUCCUCAGUAGAAGCUGAGUAUAGAACAAUGAGUAAAGUGGUUUGGGAACUGGUCUGGCUUGCAUGA